AUGGCAAAAACUCCAUCGAAGAAAGCUGCAAAGACUGUUGCAAAAACGGGUAAAGGCCGUGGCAAGAAACGUAUUGAGUCGUAUUCGACUUACAUUUACAAGGUGCUGCGUCAGGUUCACCCUGAUACGGGUAUUAGUAAGCGCGGUAUGUCAAUCAUGAACUCGUUCAUCAAUGAUAUCUUUGAGCGUAUUGCGUCAGAGGCUGGCAAACUCUCGCGUUAUAACAAAAAAUCGACACUGUCUAGCCGAGAGAUCCAGACAGCUGUGCGUCUUAUGCUUCCAGGUGAAUUGGCAAAGCACGCCGUAUCGGAAGGCACAAAGGCUGUGACCAAGUUUACGUCGGCUUAG